UUGGUUUUGAUGUUCUUGAGUAAAGAGGAUUUGGAUCUGGACUGUUCCGGACUUGGUCACUUUGCACAACCAGCAGAGAUCCAGUGAAACCUUUCUUAUUGUUAUGUUUGUGAUUUGUCAUAAGCGAAGAUAGCCAUAUUAUCUGACAUACAAAAAGGGGAUUCUUAGUUUUAUUAUUUUUUUAUUUCUUUUUGCACUAUGAUGGAAGCGCCGCCAUGCUCCAAGAAGAGUCUGUCCCUCUCUCUCCCGGUCCCACGGGAGGGGCAGGCGACCCUGAAGCCCCCGCAGCAUCUGUGGAGGCAGCCCCGGACCCCGAUCCGGAUCAAGCACCGGGGCUACUCCGACACCGACCGGCACCACCACCGGCACAUGGAGCGCUCCGACGCCGUGGACACGAGCGACAGACCCGGGCUCAGGAAGUCUCGGAUGUCGUGGCCGUCCUCCUUCCACGGCACCACCAACACCUCGUCCAUCGGCAACUGUGUGGGAAGUAGACGCUUUGAUUCAGAGAAUGGGCCAUCGCCCGGCAGAAGUCCCAUGGAUUCGCAGGCGAGUCCGGGGUUGGUGCUCCACCCUUCCUUCCCCCAGAGCCAGCGCCGGGAAUCCUUCUUGUACCGCUCUGACUCUGACUAUGACAUGUCCCCCAAAACCAUGUCCCGCAACUCCUCCGUCAACAGUGAGGGACAUGCUGAAGACAUGAUAGUCACCCCUUUCGCUCAGGUGUUGGCCAGCCUACGAACCGUAAGAAGCAACUUCACCAUCCUCGCCAAUGUCACAACACCCACCAACAAUAUGAGGUCGCCAGUGACGAGCCAGCCCACUGUUCCCCAGGCUACCCUCUCUGAGGAGACGUACCAGCAGAUGGCUCGGGAGACUCUGGAGGAACUGGACUGGUGUUUGGACCAGCUGGAAACCAUCCAGACCCACCGCUCUGUCAGCGAGAUGGCCUCUAAUAAGUUCAAGAGGAUGUUGAACAGGGAGCUGUCCCACUUGUCGGAGAUGAGUCGCUCGGGGAACCAGGUGUCAGAAUACAUCUCCACCACCUUCCUGGAUAAGCAGAACGACGUGGAGAUCCCCUCCCCGACGCUGAGGGAGAGGGAGAAGCCCAUGUGUCACAUCAGCGGGGUGAAGAAGCUUACUCACAGCUCCAGCCUUUCGAACUCCACCCUGCCGCGCUUCGGCGUCAAGACUGAACAGGAGGACGCACUAGCCAGGGAGCUGGACGACUUAAACAAGUGGGGCCUUAAUAUCUUUCGUGUGGCAGAGUUCUCCAAUAACCGACCUCUUAGCUGCAUCAUGUUUGCCAUCUUCCAGGAGAGGGAUCUUUUGAAGACAUUUCGGAUUCCCGUGGACACUUUCGUCACCUACGUGAUGACCCUGGAGGACCAUUACCAUGCCAACGUGGCCUACCACAACAGCCUCCAUGCUGCAGAUGUCACGCAGUCGACCCAUGUCCUGCUGUCCACACCGGCUCUGGAUGCGGUGUUCACAGAUCUGGAGAUACUCGCUGCACUGUUUGCUGCAGCCAUCCAUGAUGUGGACCAUCCAGGAGUGUCAAACCAGUUUCUUAUCAACACCAACUCGGAGCUGGCGCUGAUGUAUAAUGAUGAGUCCGUGUUGGAAAACCAUCAUCUGGCUGUGGGCUUCAAGCUGCUCCAUGAGGAGAACUGUGACAUCUUCCAGAACCUGAGCAAGAGGCAGAGACAGAGCCUAAGGAAACUUGUCAUUGAUAUGGUUUUGGCGACCGAUAUGUCCAAACACAUGAGUUUGCUGGCAGACCUCAAGACAAUGGUAGAAACCAAGAAGGUGACGAGUUCAGGAGUGCUGUUGCUGGACCACUAUACUGACCGGAUACAGGUUUUGAGGAACAUGGUGCACUGCGCUGACCUGAGCAACCCCACCAAGCCCCUGGCUGUCUACAGACAAUGGACGGAGAGAAUCAUGGAGGAGUUUUUCAGACAGGGCGACAAGGAAAGGGAGAGGGGGAUGGAAAUCAGUCCCAUGUGUGACAAACACACUGCAUCUGUGGAGAAGAGUCAGGUGGGCUUCAUCGACUACAUCGUCCAUCCUCUGUGGGAGACGUGGGGCGACUUGGUGCACCCCGACGCCCAGGAGAUCUUGGACACUCUGGAGGACAACAGGGACUGGUACCAGAGCACCAUCCCACAGAGCCCCUCCCCACCGCCGGUGGGCCAGGACAAGGAUAUGAACGCCUGCAUGGACAAGUUCCAGUUCGAGCUGACGCUGGAGGACAACGUCGACGGAGAGCAGGAGCACCAGUGCCAAGCUACCCCCAACCAUUUAAACAUGGAGGAAGAAGAGGAGGGCAUGGUGGAGGAGGAGAGCGAGGACAUAAUAGAAGAGGAAGGGGAGGUGGAGAUGGAGGAGGGGGAAGAGGAACCGACGGCUCUGUCGGAGGCGACGUCUGCGGAAGAGAGGCGAUGUGACACCAGUACUGUAGAGGAAGAGGAGGAGGAAGAGUAUUCCUCCCCGCUGGAUGUUACAUGA